GCGUUAACAGAGCCUUCCAUCGCAACAGGAAUGUUUCAGUCCGCGCUCUUGUCGACCGCAUUGAUGUUUUACUGGCCACUCCAGGACCACAUUUCGCCGAUCGUUGUGGAUGCAUCUGGCCAAGGCCGCCAUGGCGUCAAUGGCAAUUGCCCGGUUCAAAAGCCAGUUGCUGUCAAGUUUAGGCCGUCCAACACUGGUCUUCAGCUCUUGCCAUUGCGAUCCUUGUCCUGCAACGUCGAUGCCAAGGUAGACGGUGCGUGGACGCUGCAGUGGUUGGUUCGAUGGCUCGCCGUGUCAAACGGGUCGCCGCUUCCGUCGACGCCGUUUUUGACGCUUCGAUCCUCGACCGGCCACAUGCACCACUUGUCGUUCACAUCCCACCUUUGCUUGGAAUGGACGCGGCACGGAAACGCCGUCGUCACUUCGCGCGAUUCCUUGGCCAUCGACACGACGUACCACGUGGCGUUGGUGGCACCUGCAUCCGGGCCGGUGACGUGCUUUGUCAACGGCCAAGAGAUCUUUCAAUCGCCAUCGGGCGUGUCCGACAUCGUCGGCGUCGAAUUUGCCCUGACGUCGCCAGCGAUGCCACAUCAAGUACCGUUGUUGAGCCACGUUGCGCUCAUCGCCCGAGACUUGACUGCCGAAGAGUUGCAGCCCUUGGUUCGAGCAGCCGUGCCGUCCCCCCAGCUUGUAGCUCACGGCGCGGAUCCUGUCGACCCUUCAGUGAUUUGUCGGGAAUCGGAGGCACUCGAGGACUCUGGCUACCGCGUGUCGGCAAUUCAUCUGUGGAGCGGCGACUACUUCGACGGUGUACAGUUGACAUACCAAACGAAACAUGCGCAAACAACGCCCGGGCGUGCGUGGACCACGGGAGGUGCUGCGACUGCCACCAUGCAAACGUUGCAGUUGCUCGAAGGGGAGUUUAUCUCCGAGGUGCGAGGUCGUCGCGGAGCAUGGAUGGAUCAACUCAGCGUGACCACCAACUUUGGCCGGUCGUUGACGGCGGGCGGCAAUGGAGGUGGGCCAUUUGUUGUGCCGAUUCCACCUGGUCAUAUGGCGCGCGCGUUCUCGUUCGAGUUGGGAGACCACAUCAACCAGCCUGUGGUUUUCUCGUGCCCAGCGCCGCGAGGUCCCGUGUACGUGGCGUUGAAGGCGGCAAUAGCGUCGGCAGGCAAAGAUGCGACCAAACUCGCGGCCCAAGGAGUGGCACGAUACUUGACCAACCUUGCCGACAAGCCACACAAUGUUGCGUUCCACAAAAUCAAAGCGUCCAACGCGUUCUUCGUCAAGAAUGUCGCGCCGUUGGGAGUGCAACUGGAUGCAGUCUUUGAUGCAUGUGGGUUCGAUCGUAUCCAAGGCGAUGGGGGCGAUGUCUUCUUCGUGUACCGGAAGGACACCGCGCCGGCGCACGCCGUCCGCCGCGCCCUGCAUGACAUUGCAACGUUUCUUGCAUUGACCAAGUAGAAUUGUGAGAUCAAGGGGAAUGGACCAAUCAUGCUUGCGUAUUUGGAAUGUAGCCAAUGAAAUCACGUUACAGCA